AUGAAGGGGUCGGAGGAAGUUUUGAGAGGAAUCAAGAGGCAAGACCUGUAUACCAUUGAGGCUGAGGUUGUAAGUGGUUUAGUAGAUGUAGCAUCCACAAAACCUGUGUCGAAGACUGAGUUAUGGCACAUGAUACUUGGCCAUGUCAGUGAAAGGGGCCUGAUCGAAUUGGGAAAGAAAACUCUGCUAGGUGGUGACAAGGUCGAAAAGCAGGAGUUUUGCAAACCUGGUGUAUUUGGUAAAUCCUGUAGGGUGAAGUUUAACAGAUGUAAACAAAAAACACAUGGAUCCCUUUACUAUAUACAUGCUUAUCUUUGGGGGCCUACAAGAAAUCCCUCCCACUCAUGUGCAAGAUAUUUUCUAUCCAUUAUUGAUGAUUACUCACGAAAGUUAUGGAAAACUGAUAAUGUUGUUCGAAGUACGAAGAUCAUUAAGGAGGAGUUGAAACAGGAGGAGUUUCCUGUUGAGGUGGAGCAUGUUGAUGCUGAAAUGAAAAACCUAGAUGAAGUCGAGUGUGUCGCCACCGAGGCUUACAUCAACAAAUUCUCACCAAUCCAAGUAAAUCAUCUCUCAAGGUACGGUUCUGACCAUGCGGCGGUGCGAAUUGAAACGGAGGUUGACAGGGGUAGAGGCAGGAAGAAACGGAGGUAUAUUUUCAGGUUUGAAGAGGUGUGGUCUAGAGAUCCUAAAUGUGAAGAGUAUGUCAACAGAAUCUGGAACAAUCCUUCCACGAGGGGACACCACAAACUUGCUGCUAUGAAGAAGCUGGAGGUUGUUUUUAAGGACUAUAAACUUGGCUCAACCAGUAAGGAGAUCCAUAGGGUAGAGGAGAUGCUGUCAGACGGAAAAAAUUGGGAUUCCAAUGAGGAAUCAAUGGUCCAUUUCAAAAGGCUUGAGAAAAGGAAGGAUGACCUCCUUCAUGUCGAGGAAAUUAUGUGGAGACAACGGAGUAGGGCCUUGUGGCUUCAACACGGUGAUAGGAAUACCAAAUUCUUCCAUGGGAAGGCAAAUCAAAGAAGGAAAACAAACAACAUAAAGAAGCUCAAGGACGAGGCUGGCUGUUGGAGAAAAGGAGAGGAGCAUUGCGAGAGGAUAUUGGUAAAUUACUUCUCUGAAUUGUUUGCUUCUUCUUUACCCACGAAUAUCCAAGGUGUCUGCUCAGUGGUAAAAGGGAAAUUGAAGGAAGAGCAUAUCCGGUGGUGCACAAACAGCUUCACAGCAUUAGAAGUUAAGGAAGCUCUUUUACAAAUGGCCCCGUUGAAAGCUCCAGGGCCCGACGGGCUGCCAGCGCUCUUCUUCCAGAAAUAUUGGAGCACUGUAGGUUCAGAUGUUACCAACCUGGCUCUUGAAAUCCUUAACAAUAAUAAAAACCCAGGAGUGAUAAAUGAUACUCAUAUUGCUUUGAUCCCUAAGUGCAAAAACCCCUCGAGUCCAAAGGAUUUCCGCCCCAUAAGCUUAUGUAAUGUAGUUAUGAAGGUGAUCACAAAGACUAUUGCAAACAGAAUUAAGUGCAUCCUUCCAGAGAUAAUUGAUGAAGAGCAAAGUGCCUUCGUUAAAGGCCGGCUUAUUACGGACAACGCUCUUGUGGCAAUGGAGUGCUUCCAUUGGAUGAAGAAGAAGACAAAAGGCAAACGCGGCGUUAUGGCACUGAAGUUGGACAUGUCUAAGGCCUAUGACAGAUUGGAAUGGGACUUUGUCACGGAAGUCUUGUCCUCGAUGGGUUUCCCUGCCAGUAUGGUCACUCUGAUUCGAAAUUGUAUCUCCACUGUCUCCUACAAAGUGCUCAUCAAUGGCCAACCAAGUGUGACUUUCUCCCCGGAGAGGGGUCUCCGACAAGGGGAUCCCCUCUCUCCCUACUUAUUCAUCUUGUGUUUUGAUGUUUUUUCAGGUUUAAUAAAGCAUGAGGCAGCGGCAAACAAAAUUCAUGGAAUCAGCGUGGCUAGGAAGGCUCCUGUGAUCACCCAUCUAUUUUUUGCAGAUGACUGCCUUCUGUUUGCACGGGAAAAUUCUAAUGAAGCUGGCAGCAUCCUUAAUCUCUUGCAGCAAUUUCAGGAGUCGUCGGGACAGAUGGUUAGCCUCGAAAAAUCAGAACUUUCGUUCAGCCGGAACGUCCGUGUGGAAGAGAAAGACGCUCUAUGCUUAAGGAUGGGAGUCAGAAAUGUUAUGCAUCACUCGAAAUACCUUGGGCUACCUGUUGUCUUUGGAAAGUCUAAGAAGGAAGUUUUUGCUUUAGUGAUUGAAAGGGUAUGGAAAAAGCUGAAAGGGUGGAAGGAACAAUUUCUGUCAAGGGCCGGUAAGGAGAUUCUGAUUAAGGCUGUCGCGCAAGCAAUCCCGAGUUAUAUAAUGAGCUGCUACAGGUUGCCGGAGACAACGUGCAAGGAGUUAGAAGCAAUGCUAGCAAGUUUCUGGUGGGGCUCCAAGCAUGGAAAGCGAAAAAUCCACUGGAUGAGCUGGGAGAAAAUGGCACGCAGUAAGCAAGCAGGAGGUAUGGGAUUUAGGGGCAUCAGUGAGUUUAACACUAGUUUAUUGGGCAAGCAUUACUGGCGUUUGUUGGAUGGAGAUCACACUCUGGUUGGGAAGAUUUUUAAAGGUAGAUACUAUCCUCGGUGUUCCAUUGACGAGAGCUCGGUGGGGUUUAACCCUAGUUAUGCUUGGAGAAGCAUCUUAAGUGCUAGAGAUUUGAUUCAACAUGGGGCUAGAUGGAGGAUCGGGAACGGGGAAAAAGUAGAUGUUCGCAAAGAUGGUUGGCUCCCUGAUAAUCCGGGGUUCAAAAUCUCUGGCAGUGUUAGGAACUUAGCUCCGGAUGCGAAAGUGAGCAGCCUCAUUGAUAGAGACCUUGGCAUUUGGAAGAGAGACUUGAUUUUCAACAGUUUCGAUACGUGUGUGGCAAGCCAAAUCGUUAGUAUUCCUCUUGCCCUUAGACAAUCGGAAGAUACCCGUAUCUGGCAUCAUGAGAAGAAUGGGGAGUACUCAGUCCGCUCUGCCUAUCACAUUUGCAUGCAUCGCAAAGCAGCAAUUUCACCGGGCCCUUCGGGUAACUCUCAACAGCGGCUCUGGAAGGAAAUAUGGAAGGCUCCCAUUCAUAACAGAACCAGAAAUUUCUUGUGGAGGCUAGCACGUAACAUCCUGCCGUCGAAGGAAAAUCUGAGAAAAAAAGGCAUUGCCCUUGACUGCUCCUGCGCCUUUUGCCACCAGACAGUCGAGUCCUCGCACCACCUUUUCAUGAACUGUGACUUUACAAGACAGGUAUUCUUUGCUUCUAUCCUAUGCUAUCGUAUUCCUACUGAGGUCGAUUUAAAUGUCUGGCUGUUAGACCUCUUGACAUGUGGUGACAUGUUUAGCGCCCAGCUCAGCGCUUCUCUGCUAUACAAGAUCUGGUGUGCUAGGAACAAACUGAUGUAUCAACAAAAGCCCCAACACCCGGUGAAAGUGGCGAAUGAGGCCCUUGACAGUACACUGGAAUAUAACAGAUGGAACGUUCCGGCCAGUAGAACUGGCAGUUCCCUGAUGCAGCCCCAAACGGUUUCUAUGCCGGUGGAUACACAAAUCUUACAGGUGGAUGCAGGUUUAAUUGGUGAGGAGGCUGUAUCCUUUGGGUGCGUCCUAAAAAACCAUGAUUCAAGGAUCACGUUUGCCGCUAGCCACAGAGAAUGUGUUUCGGUCGAACCUGCUGUUGCGGAGAUGUUGGCUAUCAGAUGGAGCCUCACUGUGGCAAGCAAGCUGAGUUUGCAGCGUCUUAUUGUUCAGUCGGAUGCAAAAGUGGUAGUGGAUUGUAUCAAUGGUACAAUCAAUUUGGCAAACUUAGAGCUGUUGGCAGAUGACUGUAGAAUGCUUCUGAAGAAUUUUGACUUAGCUUCUGUUUUAUUUUUAAAUAGAAAUUGUAAUUCCGAUGCUCACAAUGUUGCUGAGCUAGGGAAGUUAUAUGGCUCAAAGACUUGGAUUAAUGGCUAA